CCUCCGGCGGGGCUCGAGCUCGCCCUCGCGCUCGCCCUCCGCCUUGCCCGAACCCCGCGAGGGUGAAACGCUUUCUCCCGGCAUGCAGCGGGAGGAGGGAUUUAACACCAAGAUGGCGGACGGCCCGGAUGAGUACGAGACCGAAGCGGGCUGCGUGCCCCUUCUCCAUCCAGAGGAAAUUAAACCUCAAAGCCAUUAUGGCCAUGGAUAUGGUGAACCCCUCGGACGGAAAACUCAUAUUGAUGAUUACAGCACGUGGGACAUAGUUAAGGCUACACAAUAUGGAAUAUAUGAACGCUGCCGAGAAUUGGUGGAAGCAGGUUAUGAUGUACGGCAACCAGACAAAGAAAAUGUUACACUCCUGCAUUGGGCUGCCAUCAAUAACAGAAUAGAUUUAGUCAAAUACUAUAUUUCGAAAGGUGCUAUUGUGGAUCAACUUGGAGGAGACCUAAAUUCAACUCCAUUGCACUGGGCCACAAGACAAGGCCAUCUAUCUAUGGUCGUGCAACUAAUGAAAUAUGGUGCAGAUCCUUCGUUAAUUGACGGAGAAGGAUGUAGCUGUAUUCAUUUGGCUGCCCAGUUUGGACAUACCUCAAUUGUUGCUUAUCUCAUAGCAAAAGGACAGGAUGUAGAUAUGAUGGAUCAGAAUGGGAUGACGCCUUUAAUGUGGGCAGCUUAUAGAACACAUAGUGUGGAUCCAACUAGAUUGCUUUUAACAUUCAAUGUUUCAGUUAACCUUGGUGACAAGUAUCACAAAAACACUGCUCUGCAUUGGGCGGUACUAGCAGGGAAUACCACAGUCAUUAGUCUUCUUCUGGAAGCUGGAGCUAAUGUCGAUGCCCAGAAUAUCAAGGGUGAAUCAGCACUUGAUUUGGCAAAGCAGAGAAAAAAUGUGUGGAUGAUCAACCAUUUGCAAGAGGCAAGGCAAGCAAAGGGAUAUGACAAUCCAUCUUUCCUUAGAAAGUUGAAAGCUGAUAAGGAAUUUCGGCAGAAAGUAAUGCUGGGAACUCCUUUCCUAGUUAUUUGGCUGGUUGGGUUUAUAGCAGACCUAAAUAUUGAUUCUUGGCUCAUUAAAGGGCUAAUGUAUGGUGGCGUUUGGGCUACAGUACAGUUUCUUUCAAAAUCCUUUUUUGAUCAUUCAAUGCAUAGUGCAUUGCCCCUUGGAAUAUAUUUGGCAACCAAAUUCUGGAUGUAUGUGACGUGGUUCUUCUGGUUUUGGAAUGAUCUCAACUUUUUAUUUAUCCAUCUUCCAUUCCUUGUCAAUAGUAUUGCACUUUUCUACAAUUUUGGAAAAUCUUGGAAAUCAGAUCCAGGGAUUAUUAAAGCUACAGAGGAACAAAAGAAAAAGACUAUAGUUGAACUUGCAGAGACAGGAAGUCUGGACCUCAGUAUAUUCUGCAGUACCUGUUUGAUACGGAAACCAGUGAGGUCCAAACAUUGUGGUGUGUGCAACCGCUGUAUAGCAAAAUUCGACCAUCAUUGCCCAUGGGUGGGCAACUGUGUAGGUGCAGGCAACCAUAGAUACUUUAUGGGCUACCUAUUCUUCUUGCUUUUUAUGAUCUGCUGGAUGAUUUAUGGUUGUAUUUCUUACUGGGGACUCCACUGUGAGACCAGUUACACCAAGGAUGGAUUUUGGACAUAUAUUACUCAAAUUGCCACAUGUUCACCCUGGAUGUUUUGGAUGUUUCUGAACAGUGUUUUUCAUUUCAUGUGGGUGGCUGUAUUACUCAUGUGUCAGAUGUAUCAGAUAUCAUGUUUAGGUAUUACUACAAAUGAAAGAAUGAAUGCCAGAAGAUACAAGCACUUUAAAGUCACAACAACAUCUAUUGAAAGCCCAUUCAACCAUGGAUGUGUAAGGAAUAUUAUAGACUUCUUUGAAUUUCGAUGCUGUGGCCUCUUUCGUCCUGUUAUUGUGGACUGGACCAGGCAGUAUACCAUAGAAUAUGACCAAAUAUCAGGAUCUGGGUACCAGCUUGUGUAGCAGCAUCUUUAUCCUAUGAAGCAUAUUGCUGAGUGGUGCCUGAAAAUUGUGUCUGUCCGUGUCUCUCUCACACUCGAAUCCACAUCCUUUGAACAAAUAGCAUGCUACAUGUAGGGCUAACAGUGAAUUUUACAGUCUUUUUUUUCAACACUUUUGUUAACAAAGGUAAACAUGGACAGAACACACUGCCACUUCUGGGAAGAAUAAAGGUCUUAAAAAGAAUGUUAAUGGUUCUUAAUGUGGGAAUUCACAAAAUACUCAACUUUUUGGUUUUGUUCUCAUAACAUUUUUCAUGAAAAAAGAGUGAACUUAUUCUGUUGACAGACAUGGUAUACUGAUCAGAAAUGCUUGAUUCUAGCUAAAACUAAAUUUAUGGUAUACAGCUAAAUUUUAUGAUGCACUCUACUAUUAGUAUUGCAUUUAAUUCCAAGAAAGUUGUCUUAAAUUGAUUCAGACUAGUAUUAUGUACGUGUUAGAAUGUACAUGUAAAUACUGUGAUGAAAAUCAUGUGGUUUUAUUAGGGAUCUACUGUAAUAUGUCUUCAAAGACACAAGAAAAUAAUGUUCACCAAAAAAUGUGCUAACAAUAUUUUAUUGCUAUCAGCUGUUGGCAAUGCUGAUAUAUUUCUAGUUCAGUGAAAUACUUUUUAGUAACCUUGCUCUAAGGUUUUAUGGUCUGAUAAUAAAGCACUUGCAUGAGUAUA